AGGAGGAGGAGCCGCCGGUUCUCCGAGGCGCUGCGUUAGGUCGCCGUGCAUCGGCCGCCUCGCCUCAGCGGGGCUUGAGGGAAGCCCGAGAGCCCCCUUUUUUCUUCUCACACGCAGAAAAAAGCAUAACGAUAAUAAUAAUAAUAAUGCCGCAAAACGUCUCCAUGGCGACACCCGCACACAUUUGCAAAGAACCAUCAAUAAAUAAAUGCCAGUUUAUCAAGUUUCUGGAGCGAGCCUGAGGGCAGCCACGCAGCUGUUAACAGUGAUGCGUUUGCUUUGUUGGAAAGUUAUAUUUCGGUUUAUUCGUCUUCAUUCGGCAUAAGUUAAGGGGAGCUACUGUGUGGAAGGAUAAUUCGUAAUAAAAAUAAAUAAAAGCAACCAUCAAGUUUAACCAAAACAAAAAAAGCCCCCACACACCUACAGAGAACAGCAACAAUAAUGUUCCCUCAAAUGGCUAGGAGGUGAGGUGCACCAUGACUGCACAGAAAGGGUUCACUACUGCAGGCAUCCCCAACCUUCAGCCCUCCAGAUGUUUUGGACUACAAUUCCCAUCAUCCCUGACCACUGGUCCUGUAAGCUAGGGAUCCUGGGAGUUGUAGGCCGAAACAUCUGGAGGGCCGCAGGUUGGGGAUGCCUGCACUACUGUACUGCGAGCCACACCAUACAAUUUAAAGUACAUGGCUUCCCCCCAAGUAAUCUUGGGAGCUCUUGUUUGUUCAGUGUGCUGGUAAUUGUAGUUCUGUGAGGGUAAACUCAAUUUCUCAGGAUUGUUUGGGGAAAGCCUUGUGUGGAAGUGGCAGGUGUUAAUGCCAGCAGCAGGCAGGCCUCACUAGGGAGAUCAUUCUUUUGAGUUUAUACAUCUCGCCUUAUUUACGUUUAUUAAACUUUAUUAAACAAAGCUUUACAGUGGUACCUCAGGUUACAGACGCUUCAGGUUACAGACUCCACUAACCCAGAAGUAGUACCUCGGGUUAAGAACUUUGCUUCAGGAUAAGAAAAGAAAUUGUGUGGCGACGGCGUAGCGGCAGCGGGAGGCCCCAUUAGCUAAAGUGGUACCUCAGGUUAAGAACAGUUUCAGGUUAAGAACGGACCUCCAGAACAAAUUAAGGUUUUUUAAAAAUCAUUUUUAUUAAUUUUCCAAUAAAAAACAGCCAAUCAACAUAUAAUCAUAAUCCAAUCCAAUUAAAAACAACAAACAAACAAAAAAGACCAAAUUGUAAUCCCAAUUAUUAAUAAUUAAUUUUUUCCAAGCUUCCCAGAGUCUGGACCUCUUGAAGAAUCUUCCAUAUCUCAUCCCUGACUCCUUGUUCUCCUAUUUUCCACAUUCCGAUUUUAACACUCAAAAGUUUUCCAUCCCUGGCUGUGCGAUUCUCAAUCAUGUCCAAAGUCAUAUAUCCUUAUGUCCAUCGAGUACAGCUUUAGUGUAAAUAUGUAUUUUUCCAACUCUCUGUUUGCCAGCACAACAUUUCCUGACUCCAUUCCAAUCUUCCAAUCCGGCUAUUAUCCAAGUCCUCAUUUAGAGCUUAAUGACGCAGCAACUCCCAUGCAGUUAGGCUGUUAUGUUGCUCCCAUCCAGGCUGCCAUCCAAGUCCUUCUUUGAUGUUAGGCAUGCUGUUUGCGUAUUGCAAUGUAAGUAAACUGUACUGUACUCCACAGAUAUAAAUCAUUCAAAGAUCAAUUGGCCUUUGGAGUGGGGCUCACUUCUGAAUACAGACCGGUCUCGCUAUACAAACACAAUGCAUUCUCAGGAAGUCAGGCAAGCGUUUGCAUAACAAGUCAACACUUUCCAUUGAUUCCAAAAUGAUGGGCGAAACCAGGAAAACCCAUGCUCUCCUGUUUGUCCGAUCUCUCCCCAUCCACCCCUCCCUCCUACCAUGUGAAUCUGCUGCAGUGGAACAGCAAAACACAAAAAAGGAAGAAGUUCCGAUGGUGUACCCUUUCUGACCUGGAGCAGAGGAAGUGCUCAGAGCUAUCUAAAGUGCUUCUGGCAGUGCUGCCUCCUGCCACGGUCAAUGCCUUUGCCAGGGUUUCCUGCAUCAGAGCUCACAACACUUACGACUGCAUUGACAAGAUUAGAGUGAACAAAGCUGAUGCUGUCUCCUUGGAUGCUGGAGAUGUAUAUUCGGCUGUGAAGCUUUAUGGCUUGACUGUGGUGGCAAAGGAGAUCUAUAUGGAAGGUAACUGUGUGUUUGCUGUAGCUGUGGCCAGACGAGGAAUGCUGGAUAUCCAAAGGUUGAAAGGGAGCCGCAGUUGCCACAAUGGAGCCAGGUGGACCUCUGGUUGGAACAUCCCUUUGGGCUUCCUUCUGGUUAGGAAUGACCUCGUGUGGGAUGAAGACCAGCCCCUCAGCCACAUUGUCAGUGAUUAUUUCAAUGCCAGCUGCAUCCCUGGCAUCGGAGUCGCCUCUCCGCAGCUCUGCUCCCUUUGCCAAGGACAGAAAUCCUACAUCCAGGACAAGAACCACUUCUGUGAGACCAGCGGUGGCGAACCCUUCUCUGGUUCAGAUGGGGCCUUCAGGUGCUUGAAGAAUGGGGUGGCAGAUGUUGCUUUCCUGGAUCACCUGGCCAUCAUGAAUGCCACAGAGUCAGAACAAGAAGAAUAUGAGUUGUUGUGUCCUGAUGGGUCCACAGCUCCCAUGACUGCUUACGCUGCCUGCAAUCUGGGCCGAGGGCCAGGACGGGCCAUUGUCACACGCCACAACUUCAAGAAGAUCGCCAAGAAGUUUCUCAAUGUCAUUCAGCAUCUAUUUGGAAGGAAGGGAAGAGAGAAGGCCAGAUUUGAGCUUUUUGCCUCUACGCCAUUCAGAGGAAAUAACCUGCUCUUCCACGAUGCGACGCACCGCUUCCAGCUUGUUGAUGAGGAGGCUGAAAUCAGCCAUGUUCUUGGCCUGGAUUAUGUUGCUCUGCUGCAGGGCUUGGGCCAUGAAGGGAGCUCCCUGGCCAACAGCCUGGUCCGCUGGUGUUGUAUCAGCAAUGCUGAACUCCGCAAAUGUGAGGAGUGGGCUCUGAAUGUCAGGUCACACCCACUGGUCUGUAUCCAAGCAAACUCUAUGGCCAACUGCAUUGAGCUGAUCAAGAACAAUGAGGCAGAUGCCGUUACACUGGACGCCACACAUGCCUACUUUGCAGGGAGAUGCGCUCUUGUUCCUGUGGCUGCAGAAUGUUAUGGAGAAGAAUGCACUUCAGCUCAGGGAGAAGAGGAAACUGAGAAGCUGGCCCACCUUACAGCUCGUCCUCCAAUUUAUGCAGUGGCCCUUGUCAAGAAGAAUGCCAAGCAUGUGAGCAUCUACAAUCUGGGGAGGAGGCGCUCCUGCCACAGCCAUGUGUACAGCCCAGGAGGGUGGCUCCUCCUUGCCCAGUACACGGUGGGGGCUCAGGAGAAUGGCACUGCCAACUGCAACCUCAGCUCUGCUUACGAGGAUUACUUCUGGAAGGGUUGCAUGCCAGGAGGUGGUGGGAACCUUUGCAAAGUCUGCAUUGGGCAAAAGGAGGCAGAGGGAGGAAGGGGGUCAUCCAGGUGUGCAGCCAAUCACAACGAACUCUACUAUGGAAACCUGGGUGCCCUCAGAUGCCUCUUUGGUGAUCCCACUGGAAGAAGUUUUGGUGAUGUGGCUUUUUUAGAACACCCUAACCUGCUCCAGAAUAUUCAGUACCUAGAUAGCUCAGGCUGGGCAAAAGGAUGUUCUCCAAGUGACCUUGAACUCCUGUGCCUUGAUGGCAGCCGCGCAAAUGUGACAGAGUGGAAAGUCUGCAACCUGGGCCUUGUCCCUCCCAAUAUAGUUGUGACACGCCCCGUAACUGUAGCAAAGGUCUAUGACUUCCUGGUGAAGUCACAGGAACAAAGCAUAGGCUUGACCUUUCAGCUCUUUCAAUCAAAGGCAUACGGUGAAAGUGACCUGCUCUUUAAAGAUGCCACUCGGCAUCUCAUUCCUACAAGCCACCUGGACUAUGAGACCAUCCUUGGGGAGCCCUUCUUCCAGCUUGCAGAGUCUGUUUUCAACUGCACACCUGCAGGCAUCCUGGACUUCUGCAAACAAGACACUUGCAUCUAUUCAGAGCAACACUGAUGUUGUUUCCAGGGAAACUCCCAAAACAGAAGUGAGACUGCAGUGGAAGAUUUGAUGCAUUCGCCAGGAAGGCAGAGAAUUGCCAGGAGGCUCUGUGGGCUUUAUCAGUGGCUGGCUGUUUUCCUUAGGAAACAUAUGCAAGGUGGGUUUUGUACACCAGCUAAUACUAGAAUGUCACCUGUGUUGGUAGCCAGCAUCCAGUACCACCAUGCUGGAAGAGCUCUUGAUUCCCCUGCUGCUUAAGUUUUCCUCAGGCUGUAUCUUCAGUUAUUCCAAAACAUACACUUGCUUAGAAACAUUUCACAGCAGCUUACCCUGGAAUGGCUUGCAUAAGAUUUACUUGCAGAGCUACUGAUAUUUAACAACUAGCCAUGCGUUUACCAAUCUGAUACUCUCCAGGU